GGUGUCCUAAUUAAAAUUUGUUUCAUAAAUCCAUGGAAAAUAUGUCUGCGUAUGGAAACACUCACAAAGCGUCAUGAAAUUCUAAUAAUGGAGGGCACAUCGCUCCCAUGGACGACCUCGAUUGCUUGGAAUUUUAUUCAGAAGCCCUUUUUUCAGCAAUUAGCACACAAAGGUGCUUGAAAAACGUUCAAUCGACAAGACCGUAUCGUCCUCACGACGCUUGGACAAAUGGUUUAAGGAAAGUAGUGUACUGUGAGUGUGAGUCUUAA